AAAAGACGGGGCUGCGAGGAUGGAGGAAGGCGGAGGCCAACGGCCUCCUUCGACUUGGCAGGAGGGUGAGGGCACUCCCCAGGCGCAGACGCAGUGGAGGCCCCUCGGCGAGGCGCCCGCCGUCGUGCAGGACACCGCCAGGCGGCUUGCGCAGCGCUGCCAGGAUGGACUUGGCGGCGAGCUCUACGCCGCUGCGAGGCGUUGCCUGCGGGAUUCCGCCAGCUCGCUGGAGCCCCCCGGCAGCCAGCGGCACCGCCUGCUCGAGCUGCUGGGCGAGGAGAAGAUCGGUUUCCUCUCCCUCAUCGACCAGCUCGUGCAUAUGGAGAUGCGGUGGGGGCUGCAGGAAGGCCCAGUGAGGAACCUGAGCAAGGUCCCGAGUCUGAGCAUGUUCUUGGCUUGAGCGGGUUGCCGUUCGGCAAACCCCAGCGCCGGGGCGACCGCCGCGGCGACCGCCCCGGCCAUGUACGCCUACAAAGAAGGUAGACUCGAACGGGGAAAAGUUGCGUAA